UCAAAGCGAUCUUUGGGAUUGGCUGCCGAGCCCGAAGGGCGACGCGAUUGAGAAAUUGCUCAUUUAGGAGGCUACGCUCUGGGCGCUCGGGAGUUCCUUUCUCUCAGCUGCCUGGUUGGCUGCAUGGAAUAAAACAUGUCUAGAGUGGAAAAGUUCGAUUUUCAUGUACCUAGUCUGGAAGAAGUGGUUAGUGUUCUGCAGAAUGGACUUAAAGAAAAUUUUGCAGAUGUGCAAGUGUCUGUGGUGGAUUGUCCUGAUCUGACUCAAGAACCCUUCAGAUUUCCUGUUAAAGGUAUUUGUGGCAAGCCUAGAAUUGCAGAUGUGGGAGGAGUUCCAUACCUUUUACCUCUUGUACAGAAAGACAAGGUUUAUGACCUGAACACAGUAGCGAAAGAGAUACAGUUACCAGGAGCUUUUUUUCUUGGUGCUGGAGCUGUUUCAUCUAGAGUGGUUGGAGGCAAUGCUGAGUUUAUCCCAGUUGUUCAAGCUGAAAAGGAAAAAAAAGCAGCGAUCAAUGGAAGUUAUAUAGCCAAGAUCAACCCUGAGGAUGACGGUUGUCUGCUGCAAAAAUACAGCUCCCUAUAUAAUGAUUGUGAAUUUGGGCUGUUAGCUAAUCUAUAUGCAAGUGAAGGUCUUCCUGGUGAGGUCAUUGAGGUGAGAGCAAAUAGAAGAAUUGGUGAGCAGAAUUUCAUAUCUUGCAUAAGGAAAGCCUUAGAAAAGCAUUAUGGUGACAAACCAGUUGGGAUGGGAGGUACAUUCAUUAUCCAGAAAGGAAAAGCAAAACUUCAUAUUAUGCCCUCUGAAUUUUCUGCCUGCCCUCUGAAAACUGAUGAGGAACUGAACAAUUGGCUGAAGUUUUUUGAAAUGAAAGCUCCACUCAUUUGCCAGCCUGUGAUCGUUUCUCAAGAUCCAGGUUUUGAUCUGCGCGUGGAGCACACCCACUGUUUCAGCCAUCAUGGUGAAGGGGGGCACUACCAUAUGGACACAACACCAGAGACUGUAGAAUAUCUGGGGUAUUUUGUGCCUGCCGAGUUCCUCUUUCGGAUUGACAGACCAAAGGAGACACAUAUGGUGGGUCGGGAUUAAAGUCAAGCCAGCCCAGGAAAUUGGUUUUAAUUAAGGAGCAGAAAAUCAAAAGAGUUAACGAAAUUUGCUUUUAACUAAGGUCAGUUGCAAGCUCGUCUUAUCACAACCUGAAUGUAGCAUUUGUUUGGCUGACACCUAGAAAUAAAAAAUGGCAUCAUCGAUUUUCAGGUUGGAAAAGUAGCACAUUCAGGCUGAUUGCAAAACAAACAAAACUAGGAGGCUGAUUUUUACUUAAAUAUUUACUUUGUAGGUCAUUGGCUCCCCUUCUUUCCCUCAUUAGCACCUAGUUUUCAGCUGCAGUCUGGGUGGGGAAUCUACAGCUAUCCCAAGAUUGGUGAACUGCAAUUUCAAUCAUCUGUCAUUGUGUUACACCAAGGAAAGUAAACCUUUGGCUGCAUAGCCCUCAAUGGGCAAAGAUGUUAACUGCAUAAAUUGGCCCUCUUGUUCUCUACUGUGCCCUCAUCAGAGAAGCAAACCUUGUUCUGCCCAAGAUCCCUCUUUCUUGUUCAGGAGAAUUAUGAGAAUACGGUCACCCAUAUCAGGAAGAGAAAAGAUUUAUUCUCAUCAGUGCAUCGGGGGAACCCAAAUUACUGUGCAAUGAGGAUUGCUCCCAGGCUGAAGCACAUCUGGGUGAAGUUGGGAUAAAAUGUUCUUGGUUCAUUAUACAAAGUAUAUGUAACCCCAAACCAUGUUUCUUGCUUAACAGUCACAGAACGUUGUGACUUGUCUAAGACAUACAGAGUCUGUGAUGGUUAGUCAUUGUUUGUGCUAGAGAUAUAAAUAGCUUGCUUCCAGUUAUCCCAGAAUCAGCCAUGCCCCCCUGCCAGUGAUGGGAGUUAGGAUGACUUAUAGGUGACCUUUUAAUCCUAAAUGAUACAUACACAAUCACGAAUACAAUGUCUUCCAGACAAUUCCUGCACACUACAGCCAUUAUUGGCCAUGCUUCUGGAAGCUACAGUAGCAGCAUCUACAAGGCUAUGGGUUUUCACCAGCCUUCCGUCAUCUGGGAUGCUUCAAGUGUGUUAAAUAGAUCAUGGGAAGUUAAAAGUCCAUCAGAUCCAGAAGGCACUAUGUUGGUAGUAGGCCACUAAGUACACUUUCUGGGAGUUCAUGGGGAAUGAAAACAUUCAAGAAGUAUUCUUCCAUUCAGUAUUAAUUACAUCUAGGUCAGCCUUCUGCAAUUUGAUAACUCCUAGAUAUGUUGGGUUUGCAACUCCCAGAACCCCCAGGUUUAUAUUGGUUAGGAAUUCUUAAGAGAUCAUCCCAACAUAUCUGGACAACACCAAGUUCGAAAAACAUUUCUAUAAGGUAUGUAAUUUUCAUAGAAAUUGCCCAAAAAGUCAUCAGGAAAAGAAUAGCUGUUUUCCAAGCUUAACUGUGCUUGUGUGAAUAUUACCACACUUAACCAUUUCAAAUUUGGCAGAUUUCAUUCACUUACUUGUGAUUCCUAUGCCCCUGUAUUUUGCUCUGUUCUAUCAGAAUAACAAAUUUAUAGCCAUUUGAUCAUUUCCCCUUGUUAGUCAUUGGGAGGGCACACAAUUCUAAUUUUAGAGCAAGGCUCCACUUCAUACUGAAAUGAACUAACUUGUGCCAAAACAGUCAAAGGCUAAACAAAUAGUUUUGCAAAGUGUAGAGUCCAAAUAGAGUUGAGUUUUUGGUCCACCUGCACUUAUGAAUUUAUGAUGUUUCCCUUCAAAGGUUAAAAUUAUGGUCAUUAUGGGGACCCAGGCUCUGCUCUCACUAACUAACUAACUAACUAAAUAUAUCUUUAAAAGGCAUUGGGUUCACACACUGUGCUAUGCCAUUAUGGUAUUUGGCUUGGCUGAGUGAUGUGAACUUACUCAUUGUGGCUUAUGACUUAGUUUUUGAUGUAAGAUGAAGGUCCUCAAGUCAGUAGACUCAAGUCCAUUGACUAUAGACCAGUGUUUCUCAACCUUAGCAACUUUAAGAUGUGUGGACUUCAACCCAGGGUGAAUGCCAGCAGUCUAAGAAUUUUUGCCUCAGCCUUUAAAUUGAGAAUCUGACAUUAAGACUUUCUUUUAGUCAGUGUGGAAUCUCAUGAGAUACAGGUAAAAAGUCAGAAUUGUGAACUUCGCUGUAAUUUCAUUGGCAUAAAACUGAUUUGGAGGUUGAUGCUACAAAUAAAUUGGACCAACUGCA